AUGAGUAAAGAGACAAAUUACUCAUUAUACUAUGAACCUAAGAGUUUAAGAAUAGAAUUGGAACAAAAAGAAGAUUCAACAUUUCGAUUUAAUGUAACAAAUUCACCAAAUUCAAAUGAAGACACAUUAAUUAAAUCAAUUCCAGAAUUUUUGAAAAAUAAUGUUUACAUAAUUGAUUCAGUUAAUUCAGGUUCAGGAAGAGAAGACUUAAAUUUAUAUACAGAAAUUAUCAAACCUUUAUUUCUGACAUUGGAAAUUGAAUACAAUUACAUUCAAACUAAAAAUGCAGAUACAAUAAAUGAAUUUGCUUCAACUUUCAACACACCAAAUUCAACAAUUAUAUUUCUUAGUGGAGAUACAUCAAUAAAUGAGUUUGUUAACAAUUUAAAAUACAAAGAACAUAUAAAUAUUUAUCCCAUUCCUUCUGGCACUGGGAAUAGUUUGGCAUUAUCAUUAGGUUUAACAUCUCAAAUACAAGCUGUGGCUCAUUUAUUAAUUUCUGAAAAAAUAUCUCCCUUGUUCACAUAUGAAGUAGAAUUACCAUCAAAUUCAUAUUAUUUAGUUCAAGAUAAACCCAAGGAUAAAAUUAAUCAACCAUUAAAAUUUCUAGUUGUGUUUUCAUGGGCAUUUCAUGCAAGUUUAGUUGCAGAUAGUGAUACACAAGAAUUGAGGAAACAUGGGUUACAAAGAUUUCAAAUUGCAGCUAAACAAAAUUUAGAAAAAGAGCAAAAAUAUGAAGCAAAUUUGAAAAUUAAUGAUGAGAUUGUAGAAGGUCCAUUUGCAUAUUUUGUUUUAACUUCAGCUGAAAAAUUUGAACCAACUUUUGAAAUUUCUCCAAAUGGAAAUAUUUUAAAAGAUGAAUUAUAUCUAAUUGCUUUUAAAACUGGAAUUGAUAUUAUGGAGGUAAUGAUGCAAGUAUAUGACAAAGGUUCACAUAUAAAAAAUUCAAAUGUAAUUUAUAAAAAAAUUUAUAAAGAUGAUAAAUUAGAAUUAGAUAUUUUAUUUUCAAAAGAUUUAAUACAAAGAAGAUUUUGCCUUGAUGGAAGUAUAAUAGCUUUACCAGAGACAGAGAAUCAUAAAAUAAAAAUUAAAACUUCGAGUGAUACAAAUUUAUAUAUAAUACAUUAA